CAUCGUUGUCACACCCAGCCAUUAAAUCCAAACACCAGCAUAUCAGCUUUCAGGAAGACAUAAUGCUUCUUCCACCAUCUUCAGUGAGUCUGCUUCUGACUUUCACUUCUAGAUAUCCAGAGCCCAAUUUUUGGAUUAUUUCAUCUAUGUCACUCCCUGUAGGGGUUCCGAUCACAGCACUUGGGGAGAAAAGCAAGGCCUCAUCACCUCUGACCAUCAGCCUUGCUGGGCACUUUUACAAUACUUUAAGCCUGAAAUUCGGCCUGGGCUCCUAGGUCCAGCCCCCAAUGGAGUUGGACCCUUUUUCUGUCGAUCG